UGACAACGCAGUGGGCGGGGCCUUACCUCAGAUCGGGGCAGAGAGUCUAGUCUUUGGUGAGACUGAGGGGGAGUGAAGAGAGAAACGGACAGGGAUUGCUCUCCAGAAAACGGGAAUCUGCUUGCAAGGUGAUCUCCGGCUCUGCGGGCGUUCUUCAGUCACCAUGAACGAUUAGGAACUCAGCUCUCCAAGGGAUAUAAUGGCUUGUUUUGUAAUAUCCCUACACCACCACCUGACAUGCGACUCCAGCUGCCUGUAAAGGGCCCGUCAGCUGUUUAUGGGAACCAUCAGUGUAUUUGCACUCUUGAGGAUUUAAGUUUUUUUUCCCCCUCUCUUUAAAAAGGGACAACACUUUUCUAUUUUAGCCCCACUGUCGGGUCAAAGCAGCAGCGCUUUGCAAAAGACUGAGUUGGCAGCAGGAAGCAAGGCAAUGGCGAACAACUCGUACAGUGGGGUGAAGAACUCCCUGAUGGAGGCCAACCAUGAUGGGGAAUUUGGCUGCACACUCAAAGAACUGCGCUCCUUGAUGGAGCUCAGAGGCGCUGAGGCGAUAACCAAAAUCAGUGAAACUUAUGGAGAUACUCAAGGACUCUGCAGCCGUUUAAAAACAUCAGCUAUAGAUGGUCUUAGCGGACAGCCAGCGGACAUUGAGAAGCGAAUAGAUGUGUUUGGACAAAACUUAAUCCCACCCAAAAAACCCAAAACUUUCUUACAAUUAGUGUGGGAGGCGCUACAGGAUGUUACAUUAAUUAUUCUUGAAGUGGCAGCCGUAAUUUCACUAGGCCUUUCUUUUUAUAGACCACCAGAUACCGAAAGACAACAUUGUGGGAAAGCUGCUGGUGGUGGACAUGAUGAAACUGAAGCGGAGGCAGGCUGGAUAGAGGGAGCCGCCAUUCUUCUGUCAGUCAUCUGUGUUGUGUUGGUAACAGCGUUCAAUGACUGGAGUAAAGACAAGCAGUUCAGGGGCCUCCAAAGUCGCAUUGAACAGGAGCAAAAAUUUUCUGUUGUCCGAGGAGGACAAGUUAUUCAAAUUCCUGUGGCUGAGAUUGUUGUGGGCGAUAUUGCACAAGUAAAAUAUGGUGACCUCUUACCUGCUGAUGGAGUUCUUAUACAAGGCAAUGAUCUUAAAAUUGAUGAGAGCUCACUCACAGGGGAGUCGGACCAGGUGAAGAAAAAUCAAGAUAAAGAUCCCAUGCUGUUAUCAGGCACUCAUGUAAUGGAAGGCUCAGGGAAAAUGUUGGUCACUGCUGUCGGUGUGAACUCACAAACUGGGAUUAUCUUCACUUUACUUGGGGCUGGCGAAGAUGACGACGAAGAUGAUGAGGAGAAAAAGGAAAAGGAGGAGAAGAAAAAGCAGAAAAAAAACAAGAAACAAGAUGGAUCAGUGGAAAAUCGAAAAAAAGCAAAAGCACAGGAUGGUGCUGCUAUGGAAAUGCAGCCUCUCAACAGCGAUGAAGGAGCUGAUGCAGAGGAGAAGAAAAAAGCCAGCUUGCCAAAGAAAGAAAAGUCUGUUCUCCAAGGAAAAUUAACCAAGCUAGCUGUGCAAAUAGGAAAGGGAGGGCUGCUUAUGUCAGCCGUUACAGUCAUCAUCCUGGUGGUGCUGUUUGUGGUGGACACAUUCUGGUACCAGGGCCUGCCUUGGGUCCAGGACUGCACACCCAUUUACAUACAGUUUUUUGUGAAAUUCUUUAUCAUUGGUGUGACCGUUCUGGUGGUGGCUGUUCCAGAAGGCCUGCCACUUGCCGUAACUAUCUCCCUAGCAUACUCCGUCAAGAAAAUGAUGUCAGACAACAACCUUGUGAGACAUUUGGACGCUUGCGAGACAAUGGGUAACGCUACAGCCAUUUGCUCGGACAAAACUGGAACUCUCACCAUGAACAGAAUGACCGUGGUCCAGGUCUACAUUGCUGAAAAGCACUUCAGGAAGAUCCCUUUGCCGGAAAACAUCCCCACCUCAGUUCUAGACGCGCUGGUCCUGGGCAUAGCAGUUAAUUCCGCCUACACUACUAAUAUCUUGCCUCCAGAAAAAGAAGGGGGUCUGCCUCGUCAGGUGGGCAACAAAACGGAGUGUGCCUUGCUUGGUUUCUCUAACGACCUGAAGCGGGAUUAUCGGGCCAUCCGCGCUGAAAUCCCCGAAGAGAAAUUCUUCAAGGUCUACACCUUCAACUCGGUGCGGAAAUCCAUGAGCACUGUGCUGAAGAUGGCAGACGGCAGCUUUCGGAUGUUCAGCAAAGGAGCCUCGGAAAUUCUCCUUAAAAAGUGCUAUAAAAUUGUGACAGCGAGUGGUGAGCCGAAGGUCUUCCGCCCGCGGGACAGGGACGACAUGGUAAAGAAAGUCAUCGAGCCGAUGGCUUCGGAAGGUCUCAGGACCAUCUGCCUGGCGUACAGAGACUUUCCCGCCUCCGAAGGUCAACCUGACUGGGACAAUGAAAGUGACAUUCUCACCGGAUUGACCUGCAUCUGCGUGGUUGGCAUUGAGGACCCUGUGAGACCAGAGGUCCCGGACGCGAUCAAGAAAUGCCAGCGCGCUGGCAUCACGGUGCGGAUGGUGACCGGGGACAACAUCAACACGGCGCGCGCCAUCGCCUGUAAGUGUGGGAUCCUACAGCCAGGAGAUGAUUUCCUCUGCCUGGAUGGAAAAGAGUUCAACCGCAGAAUACGCAACGAAAGAGGAGAGAUUGAACAAGAGCGUAUUGACAAAAUCUGGCCCAAACUCAGAGUUCUGGCUCGGUCGUCUCCCACAGAUAAACACACCUUAGUUAAAGGGAUAAUUGACAGCACAAUAGCAGAGCAGAGGCAGGUAGUCGCAGUGACAGGCGACGGUACGAAUGACGGUCCCGCCUUGAAGAAAGCUGAUGUUGGCUUUGCAAUGGGCAUCGCAGGGACAGACGUGGCGAAGGAAGCGUCAGACAUCAUUCUGACCGACGACAACUUUUCCAGCAUUGUUAAAGCCGUCAUGUGGGGACGGAACGUGUACGACAGUAUCUCCAAGUUCCUUCAGUUCCAGCUGACCGUCAACGUCGUGGCCGUCAUCGUAGCGUUUACAGGAGCCUGCAUCACACAGGAUUCUCCCCUGAAAGCAGUGCAGAUGUUGUGGGUGAACCUGAUUAUGGACACAUUCGCGUCGUUGGCUUUGGCCACCGAGCCGCCAACAGAAGCCUUGCUGCUGAGGAAACCGUAUGGCCGCAACAAGCCUCUAAUAUCCCGCACCAUGAUGAAGAAUAUUCUGGGUCACGCCGUGUACCAGCUAACCACCAUCUUUACACUGCUUUUUGUCGGAGAGAAGUUGUUUAACAUCGACAGCGGCAGAAACACCCCUCUCAACGCCCCACCCUCCGAACACUACACUAUAGUUUUCAACACCUUCGUCUUGAUGCAGCUUUUCAACGAAAUCAACGCCCGCAAAAUCCAUGGGGAGCGGAACGUGUUUGAGGGCGUUUUUAACAACCUCAUCUUCUGCACUAUAGUCCUCGGCACAUUUAUCAUUCAGAUACUUAUAGUGCAGAUUGGAGGGAAACCGUUCAGCUGUGUGGCUCUGUCCUUGGAUCAAUGGCUGUGGUGCACAUUCUUCGGCUUUGGCUCCUUGCUCUGGGGACAGCUCAUCUCCUCAAUACCCACUAGUCGCUUAAAAUUCCUAAAAACAGCAGGCCACGGCACCCAGAAGGAUGAAAUCCCUGAAUACGAGCUGGAGGAGUUGGACGAUGUGGAUGAGAUCGACCACGCCGAGCGGGAGCUGCGCCGAGGCCAGAUCCUCUGGUUUCGAGGCCUCAAUCGGAUCCAAACUCAGAUGGAUGUUGUGAGUGCGUUCCAGAGUGGAACUUCCUUUCAGGGGGCUCUAAGGCGGCAGGCCUCCAACUCCAGCCAACAACAGCACGAUAUCCGAGUGGUGAAGGCAUUCCGCAACUCCAUCUCCCUCUAUGAGGGGCUGGAGAAGCCCGAGGCGCGGACGUCAAUCCACAACUUCAUGACCCACCCCGAGUUCCGGAUAGAGGACUCGGAGCCCCACAUCCCCCUCAUCGACGACACAGACGCGGAGGACGAAGCCCCUACCAAGCGCAACUCUGCCAGCCUGCCCAAUGCCUCUCCGCCCUCGUCCUCCCCCUUGCCCGACGACACCAACCCUCCUGCCGCCCCCACUCAAAACCAGAACAAUAACGCCGUUGAAAGCGGCAACCACCUCUUCCCGGAGGUCCCCAAAUCAGGAACCCCGUCAGCCCCAGGGAGCCCGCUACACAGCCUUGAGACCUCCCUUUGAUCUGACCCAGCUCCACACGGCUGCACCCGUUUUCUCACCCCGCCACCAAAAAGCUCCGCUCAAACGGCCGAACACUGGCAGAGGAGAGAACGGAGGUCUGGACAGAGAGUGGAGUCUUGUGUGAGCUUGGCUUGGGCUGAACUGAAAGAACAGCAAACAUUCGUCGGAAUGUACGGCUUGGUGUGGAUUCUUUGAUUUCUCUCUCUUUUUUUUUUUUCUUUAGUUUUUCUCUGUUGGUUCUUGUUAAUACCCUGCUGCAACACCAGGAACUCGGUCUUCGUUCCACCCUCCUUGGUAAUUUUUUUUUUUUAUUCCCCAUCCCCCCUCCCUCUGAGUUGCAAGCGGGGGGGGGAUAAAUAAACUCAGAUUGAAAGUGACCUGUUUUUAUUACUCUAAUAUUAUUGCUGUUAUUUGAAUUGAGAAGGUGAGGUCCUCCUCUGGCCGUGAAGAUCGGGGCUUGUAAGAUUUUGAAAGAACUGUUGACUUCUCUUUUAUCUGAAGGGUGUUGUAUAUUUAUUUCUUUGGCCCUUCUCAUUCAAAACCUAUUUCUGCUUUAUUGGCUGUUAAUAUUGAGUUAUUUAUGUUUUUGGAAAAAAAAAACAGGUCUGUUUACAAAGUUUGUAGAUAGUUAUUUUUUUUUUUCUGUUUGUAGGCAAAAGAGCUUCCUGAUGUAUAAUUCAGAAAACUGGGACAUUAAAAACAUUAAGAGGAUUAUUUCAGAUACUGCUGUAUUUUCAGGAAAAAAAGGGUGUUUCUAUUGAAACUUAACUAUUUUUGCCUGCAAGUUUUGUUAUAUAUUUGUCGAUAUAGAACCUUCUAGCCAAACCGAUGAACAUAAAGGCUUGUAUAGAAAAAGAGGUCCAAGGGGUAAAGGGUGUUUUCACAGGAGACUCAGCUGAGAAGACGAUGACGGCCUCUCUCCACUAACAUCACUAUAAAUAUUCUUCCAUUUCUUUGAUAAGUUUCAUGUGCACAAAACGUUCUGGAUUCUCUUUUCCAUUCAUUUCGGUGUGUUUGAGAAUUUCCACGUGUUCAUGACUUUUAAAAGGGAUUUUUCGAAGCCGUCUGGGCCUAUACUUAACAAGCAUCUCACUCAGAAUCCAGCUGGGAGUUGGGAGGAACACGAACUCAGACCUCCUGCGUCCGCUUUCAGCUUCUAGAGGUUCUGUUUUUAGAUCUGUGGAGCUAUGAAGUUUAAAUCUUUGUAGUCACAGUUGCAUCCUUUAGCGAAGCAGUUAAAUCAUAGUUUAAUUUAACGCUUAAAAAAAUCCCCCAACUUUGUAAUCACUUUAGUUCAAUUUAGGCGCUCCGCCACUGAGUCAGUUUUUCAGUGAUACAGUCAUUCCGACUAAAUAUGAAUGUGCCUUGGCUACAAUAGUGAUUUAAAUGAUCCUGAUCCCGUCGUUCACCACUUUCAGGAAACUCACUCUUGUUUCUACAGCUAAAAGCAGGACCAAAACAAAAACCUACACCUUCAUUUCAAAUGUUUUGAGUGGGGUAGGAAAAAUCUCCUCCCUUUGGAUGCUUGAUAAAUAUGGAUCCUGGUCAUUUCAUUUCAUUUUUUUAAUUUUUUUUUUUAUAAGCAAACCAUUAGCGCCCUGCCAAUGUGCAAUACUGACAUACAUUUACUCAGGCAUAAAAAAAAGAAAUCCAUAAAAAUCGUUGCGUAAUUUAGGGAGCAAAAUGUUGUCGGGCAAAAGGAAAAUAUCAGUUCAUCCACUUUAAGAUUAUACUCUACAGAAAAUUUAAGUACGUUUUCUGCUUUUUUAAAAUAAAUUCUGUUAGUGUUUUCUUCUUAAGCCUGUCCAUAAGACUCAUUUCACUCAUAUUAAAUGUUUCUGCAUUUGGUUUGUUUGUAAAAUAGUUUUGAAACCUGAUGUACUGGAAACGCUAAAGAUUGGACAUGUGCAUUUUUCAAGAAGAAAUACUAGGCAUACACUGGUAUCUAUCUGCACAGGGUACUUUAUACAUGCUGUACUGUGUUUAUAGUUUUCAAUAAAAGUUGUCACUGGA